GGUGUUUGAAGGCCAGGGGUGUCCAUAAAAGAGACCCAUUACGAAUGUGGAACUUGUGGGUUUCAUAGGAGAGGGGAGACAACACAACCCUUGUUGCUCAUUUUUCUUCUCGUUCCAGAGAAUGGGGAUGGGGUGGGUAAGGGACAGCUGGAGAGAGAGAGGGGUGGCUAGGAAGACUGCAGCUGGGAGGCCAACAACUCAGGGGAGGGGAGCUGAUGGCGCCUGAACCUGCUGGUGGGAGCUUGGAUGCGUCUGCUCCCUGCUGAUUGGCGCCUUCUAGGCUGUCUAGGUCUCAGGGACAGCUUCUCCAGCAUAAAAGGGGUCGCCUGAGCUAGCGUCCUCUGCACAGGUGGCCAGAGAGGACUCAACUCCGGCACCUAGCCUAGAGGACUGAGAAGCAUGACUGGACGGGAUGGGCUUUCGGAUGCGCGCUCCAGGAGUAGAGCCCUGGCGCCAGGCUGUCCUCCCACCGGCUCUCGCCUUCGAAGCUUUGCCAUCAAUGACCUGCUGGGAUUGGAGGCAGACCUGCCAACUCCGGUGGAGCCUGGGCUAAGAUCCAACAGUGAAACUCCAGCGGAGGCAACAGGGUCGGGGCCGGGACCGGGACCGGGGCCAGGACUCUGCGGCUCUUGCCCUGCUCGCGGGGCUCUCCCGCUGGGCCUGGGCCUCCUCUGCGGCUUCGGGGCGCAGCCCCCUUCCGCUGCCGCCGCCGCUCGCGCGCGCUGCCUGCUCCUCGCCGAUCUGCGGCUACUGCCGCCUGCAGGACCCGAGCCUGCUGUCGCCCAGGGCCCCGUCCACCCGCCGCCUGCGCUCGGCAGCCAGCAGCGCAGCGAGAGCGUCUCCACGUCGGAUGGGGACAGUCCAUCUGAAGAAAAGAAUGACCCGAAGAUGUCCCUCACCCUGGGCAAAAGGAAGAAGCGGAGGCACAGGACGGUUUUCACUGCCCAUCAACUCGAAGAACUGGAGAAGGCCUUUGGCGAGGCCCACUACCCUGACGUGUACGCUCGGGAAAUGCUGGCUGCGAAAACAGAACUCCCGGAAGACCGAAUACAGGUCUGGUUCCAGAACCGGAGGGCCAAGUGGCGUAAGCGAGAGAAGCGCUGGGGUGGCAGCAGUGUGAUGGCUGAGUACGGGCUCUACGGAGCCAUGGUGCGCCACUGCAUUCCACUGCCGGACAGCGUGCUCAACUCUGCAGAUAGCCUUCAGGGCUCCUGUGCACCCUGGCUUCUGGGGAUGCAUAAAAAGUCCACAGGGAUGAGAAAACCAGAAAGUGAAGACAAGUUGGCGGGACUCUGGGAGUUUGACCAUCUCAAAAAGGGUGCUAAUAAGGAUCAGGAUGGACCCGAGAGGGGACCAGACAAAACAACCCUGAGCCCUGAGAAUAGCCUGGAAGAUGUGGCCAUUGACCUGUCCAGCUCUUCCAGGCAGGAGACUAAGAAAAUGCCCCCAGGGUCCAGUACUCAGGGACAUCCCCAAGCCCCAGGGCUGCCCCAGCCCCCACAGGUGGGAGCCUCCUGAGACUGACAGAUUGCUCCCCCCCAAAACUUGGACAAACACCUUCAGUUUGAUUUUCUUUCUGAAAUGUCUGGAUAAAAAGCAACACUACAACACUGAAUAAAUAAUGACGUAGGGAGAGUUCCAUUUACUCCUAGAGUGGGGAACAUUCAUACAACCUCUCAAGCCAGUCA